ACAGUGCUUCUAAUGCCAAAACUAAUUUUGGAAUACUGCCAAAAGUGUUCAUUUGUUUGAAAACUUGUACUUUGUUUCUGCCUCUGUGAUUUUGUUUAAACUUUGAGUAAAAUGUAUAAUCAAAACAGUCUAGGUAUAAGCAAUCUUGUACUUUCCCCGCAACACAGCAACAGAUUCUAUUAACAACUUCUGUUAAUCUGUUUCCUUGGUGCAGGAGGGAAGCUGGCUUCCAAUGUCUCUCUGAGUGUCAGGGAGCAGCAGGACCAACUGGUUUAUAUGCAGAAGGGCUUAGACACCGGCACAGCCAACUGUAACAAUCUGACUGCCUCCAGCCCAAAUAGCCAAGCAGAGACCAACACAGUGCUGGAUAUUCGGAAUAUCUGCUUAGUGGUGACACCACCACCUCCAGAGCCUGAAGACCUGGGGACCUUGGUAAGCUAUGACAUGAAGGACAGCCAGGAGCCUACACCAGCUCCUACCCAGGAUACCUCACUAUCAGGUCCAACACACCAGCCUGGGAACCAAAAGCAAGAGUCAUCUCCCCAUGGUACCCCAACACGACCCACAACUCUCCGACUUGACCAGCCGUUCAGAAAGGUAGAGGCAGUGGAAAUACCCUGCCAGCAGUUACCCAGCCAGCAGGCACCCAGCGGGCAGUCACAGGCCUGCGUAAAUAGCGCUGCUCCCAAGGACCUUGAAGCUGAGGAGAAGAAGGAAAUGGAGGAGCAACUGAAAAGGUGCAUCGAGGAUUUCAAGAGGAACAAAAUUCCUCCACUCUUCCCAGACCACAAACGCCACUGGCAGAGCAAUCUUCUUAAGAAAUACAAUGCAUAGGAAAACAGGGUACUCACUGGCAACAGAGUUAAAAGCAAUCUGUAACUACAACCAUAUAAACUUAUAAAUAUUUUAAAACUUGCAGAUGAAACAUGGGGUGAUGUUUAAGGAGACCCAAGGAUUCAACUGCAAAAUAUCAAUCAUUUGGUGACACACACUUUGUGUAAAAAAUGGACCACUCCUUCUAUUACUGAUUAUUUUGUUAUGCAAAUACAACCUCUGACAUUAUAUAUACAACAGUCUCAUUUGAAAUUAGUUUUAGUCACUAUGAGCAAGACAGCAGAUCUGACAGACUUUGACAGAGG